UGUCAAACACAAAUAGAAACGCCAUGUUAUGUUGUUGUUAUCUAUCUCAUCAAAAAUCAAGAUUUUAAACAAAUUACGAGUCAUUUACUAUCUAAAGUAGUGUGUAAAAUCAGUGAUUAUACAUCUGUUUUCAUAGAUAUACUUGUGUAAUCAAAGUAAUGGCUUAAAAAGUCGUGAAAGUGAAAGCUAACCAAAAUGGCACCGCGCAAAGCUAAAAGUAAAAUAGUUGCUAAAUUAGUGACUGGACAGAAACUGCCGUGCGGUUUCUGCAAUCGCGAAGUGGACGACGAGCUAACGUACGGCAAAUUAUACGCUAUUGGAGACAUACAAUGUCACUAUUUUUGUGUUCUACUAUCCUCCUGUUUGGUGCAAAAAGGCAGAGAUGUGGAAGGCCUCUUUGGUUUCUUGUAUGAAGACAUACUGGCUGAGAUUGAGAGGGCUAAGAAACAUAGGUGUUCGUACUGCAGUCGUGGAGGCGCCAACCUCGGCUGCUCGAUCUCACAGUGCAGGAAGCAGUUCCAUCUGCCGUGCGGAAGAGAACGUAAUGCUGUAUCACUGUUCUACGGGAAUUAUAAAUCAUUCUGUCAACAGCACGCACCGAAACAGAGCAUCCCCCCUAUUAUAAUGGCUAAAGCUAAACAGAGGAUGUUGUGUGACAAAAAGAAGAUUAAGAAGAAGGAUCCUUACUUCAAGGAUCUUAAGGAGUUGGCGGUCAGCUGUGCUGAUGAUGACUCUGGUGAGUGCGAGACACAGUCAGUGUGUGUGAUAUGCUACGAGCCGGUGGAAGGGUACCCCUCAGUCAACACCUUCUGGCCGUCUUGCUGUGCACGGGACGCUUGGUUCCAUAGGAGUUGCUUACAGCGCAUGGCUCUAAGUGCAGGCAUGCAUUAUCUGAAGUGUCCGCUCUGUAACGAUAAAGAGAAUUUCUAUGAGGCAGUCGUCACUCAAGGAUACUAUGUACCGGACAGAGACGCAGCCUGGGAGCUAGAACAGAAUGCAUUUGCGGAGAUAUACGAGCGAGACGUAGAAUGUUCAGCGGCGGAGUGCCUCUGUCCUAUGGGGAGGGCUCAUGAUGAUGAUACGGGAUCAUGGUGCAUCAAACUCUGCCUACUCUGCGGUUCAAGUGGCACACACGCAGGAUGCACCGACGAUACAAAUACAAACACUACAAAUACAAGCAAUACAAAUACAAAUGUGUUCGUGUGUGUAGUGUGCACUCCGGCGGCGCCUGAUCAUAUAGAACAGUUGGCCAGUUGUAUUGAAGCAGUGAUAGUACGUGAACAAGAGCAGAGCUCGUCUCGUCGGCGCGGCCCCGUCAUGCCGUCCCGCAUGUCGCUACGACGGACUAAACAGCAUACUAAUGUGCACAAUUUACCAUCAUGUUCAUCUUCGGGUUUGAGUGCAAAUAUCAAAACUGAAAUAAAAACAGAAUUUGAAUCAACAAACACAACAUCAAGUCGCGAAGAUUUAAACCUAAAAACGCCGAAAAAACACGAAAAUUCCAAAAACUACAUAAAAAGUCAAUCACCAAUCAAGAAAGUCUUCAAGCAGACUUCGAAAGCCGGUGACGACUUCCAAAGUCUGUCACCUAGAAGUCUUGAUCAAUAUAUGUCACCUAUCAAAAUGUUGGAAGAUAGUUUGAAAAGUAAAAUUGGUGAAAAGGCGGUUCUGAAUGAAAAGUUAGUUGAAGAGCUAAGAAUUAAGUUUAGAAAGCCCAAACCUUUGAGUGAGAAGAGAAAGAUUGUUAAUGAUAUCCUGAACGGCUUGUUCGACAAUUUACUGCAAGAGCCGAAACAGAAGGAGCCCGUCAUACAGUGGAGCUCGCCUAAGAAGUGUGAUGUUACAGAAAUCAUUGAAAUAUUAGACGACACGCCCCCAUCAAAAUCCCCAUCGGACAAAGAAAACAUCAAAACGCCAAACAGACUAGACAGAAAUCCAGCAUUUUACCACACAACGCCUAAAAAGUCGCCCUCGAUCGCAUUCAGACACAAUACAGAUUGCGACAACUACCCUAUUCUACACACACCCAAAAAACUCAAAACGGUCGAAAUACAAAAAGAUUCAAGUCUCGAAAUCUCUGCCAACGACGAAAUUAUAAAUAUAGACGUUAUAAAACUAGAAAAUACUCAAAACAGCGAGUUCUUAAAGAAAUUAGAACUCAAAAGUCCAGAAGUGAGCAAAAAAUGCGCUUUCAAAUUCAGUCCGUAUAACAAAGAAGUUUUGGAAGCAGAAAAUAUAGAUAUUGACAUGGAAACUUUUAAAGAUCAGUAUUUAAACGAAGUGGGGUUGCAACGUGUGAAAAAUGAAGCUGGUGUAGAAGAAAAUAAACUACCAAAAAAAUCUUCUAAGAAGAAAAAUCGAAAACGAAAAAUUGAGGAUAAAGAGUUAGUUUUGAAAUACGAAUCUAAGAAACGUAAAAAAAGUCGUAAAGAUAAAGAUAUUUCUAUAAAAGACAAAAAUAUACAAGUUAAGAUUAAAUGGAGGAAGGAACAAUUACGUUUGAAAAUAACAGAUUCAAAAAAGAAGAAAAAAUCGAAAAAGUUUAAGCAGUAUGUAUUGAGUUUUUCGCCUGAAAAGUGUUCGACGGUUAAACCGAAAAUUGAUAUAACACCAAUUAAAAAAAGAAAAUAUAUGAAGCAGGAAAAAUCACCAGAUAAUUUGGUGCAGACUUCUAUACAGAAAUUCUUUAAAGUCAAAACUCCUUGUAAAGAAUGAGGACUGAUAUAAGUAUGCGAUUUUUCUUAAGAAAUUAAAGGCUCUUCUAGUCAAAAAAU